AUAGCGGUCUAAGUGCACAUACAGUGUAUGUCACACGAAUAGUUCUUGGAAAAGUAAUUCGAGAUCAAGUUUACAAAUCAUUAGCAAAGUUUGCGAAACUUCAUUGUAAAGCGUCACAAGCUAAUGAAGGAGGAUUUGAUAGCCUUAAACCAAAUUUCAACCCAUCAUAUCAACAAAAAAGUGAUGAUGAUAAAAAUUAG